AUGACUUCCACAGGCUCCAAGGACGGUGGUGAUAAUCCUCUGUCACCAUAUACCAGACUCUCUCCGUCUGUCUAUUUCCAAGAUCCUGAUGGUUCAGCGGCCCUUUCUGAGCAAUUUCCUAUAGUCAUCGUUCUGGCCUUCUGGAUGAACGCCUCUCCACGUGCGCUAGUCAAAUACGUGAUUGAGUAUAGGCGCCUGGCUCCCUCUGCCAGAAUAAUCUUUAUACUCAGUUCCUCAAGCGACUUCAUGCUUCAUACCUCCAAGAAGGCACAACAGGCCCGUCUAGUCCCUGCGGUCGAGGCCAUCCGAGCUUCCACCGCUCCGGAGGCUCCUGUAUUCCUUCACAUAUUCUCCAAUGGGGGCGUUUCAUCGACCACUCAUCUUCUGGCGGCGUACAAGAGGGCAACAGGUCAUUCACUCCGUGUCUCGUCGAUGAUCAUAGACAGUGCGCCUGGUAAGGCUACAAUCUCUGCUGCCCUCAAAGCGUUCUCAUUUGCACUACCCAAAAUGUGGCUCUUACGCUAUUUGAGUCAAUUCCUGCUGUAUGUCUUCUUGGUAGUGGGAUCUUUGGUCCGAAAACUCACCCGCACAUCGGACGCUGUGAGUAUCGCCCGUGAUGCGAUCAACGAUCGUCAUCUGCUACAAGGAUCUGGACCGAACGAUAGCCCCAAGCGGUGCUACAUAUACUCCGAUGCAGAUGAGUUGGCCAACUGGCAAGACGUGGAAACACACGCCUAUGACGCGCAGUCCAAAGGGUGGGUUGUGCAGCGCGAGAAGUUUAUUGGAUCAGCGCAUGUGUGUCAUAUGAGGUCAGAUCCGGAACGCUACUGGGGCAUUGUCAAGGGAUAUCUCAAACCCUUCAACCCUGAUAACUCCGAAUAA